GAAUCGGCCUCUUUUCUGGGACUAUAAUUGUGGGACAGCUCACAUUGUUUGUGAUUUCAUACAAUGAAGGUGGAUAUAAGCCCACCUUGUCGAUCAACCGUAAGUUUUCUUCAUCACUCAAUCGCGAGAGGCUUGGGCGUGAAGAUGCCAUGAAGCUGUAGUUUGUAGCCCCAGCUUGUUGGAUUUUGAGUUUGUGAGCGCAGCUCUUGCUGAUGUUUCCGAGAAAUAGGAAUAGGGAGCAAGUUUUGAGGGAUGAUGUGAGUUGUGGUGGAGAAGAAUGGGUGUAAUUUGUGGCCGAAGUCUCGGUUGUUUGUGAUUGUUCUUGGUUGCAUUCUUGGUGUUGUUUUGUUGCGCUCGGAUUUCUCUCCGAGUCUUUUUAGUUCUCCAUGGAGGGUUGAGGCCAUUGGGUGAUUGAGAAGGUGGGUGUGAACCCAUCGGAAGUCAUGCCUGGGGUUGAAGUGCAGGCCCCUGUGGCCUUGCCGAUUGUGGAGCCUGCACCAUUGCCGCCCAGAUGCCAGAAACAUGGCGUUGGGGAUCAUUAUAUGGUUCUGGAAAAUGGGCGAUUCGCGUACUUAUCUAUGCCACCGCAAUUCAGCACGGUUGCCAUGGCUGCUAAACUAUGUGUGCUGGACCACCGACGGGAUCUUCGUGGUGGGUGGGAUCCCCUCGCCCUUUGUUGCCUUCAGGAGGUUGGCCACGUCCACGCCCAUGUGCAUCAAGGAGAAUCCACACAAGACAUCUUCCUCGAACAGUGUAUGGAAGAUGCUGGUUGUGCCUUGCCAAUGGUCAGAGAAUUGGCGGGCUCCAUAAAGCAUGUACCAACUGAGGUUGAUCAUCAUCAUGGUACAGAGAAUUGUGGCCAUGAUUUGAUUGCACACGGUGACCACUUCGAUUGCCUUGUUCCUCUACACGACGGCUCAUACAUGCUCAGCCACGCGCAGAGGACAGAAACUGGCAACCAGAAAUUUAUUGAGCACGGACGGCUGGUAAAAGUUGGAGAAACCCUAGGGAAACUCAAGCGUCGUCCCAAGCAAUUGCUCGAUCUCUUCAGUUUUGAGAGUCCAAGAAAACAAGGAUAUGAGAUUUUAUCAAAUGUGCAGACUUCUCUGGAAUCGUGUAACAAAGAGAAGAUUCUCAAGAAGAAGGCAGCUGGUCUUCAAUCAAGUAGGAUAUCAAAAUAUAGGACACCGAAAAACAAAGUCGAGAAUCAAUGUUGUACUGAGAAAAAGGAGGAACAUUGGCACGAUACCACGGUGACAAUCCCAAAAACCUCGAAGACAACAGGGUUAAGCAAAACCACCAUUGAUGUGAUGGGCAUUUGUUGCCCUAACGAGGUUCCUCUUAUCAAGAAAUUGUUGGAGCCCAUCCCUGGGGUAGAGGAAGUUUCUGUAAAUGUUACUUCCAAGACUGUGACUGUUCUGCAUGAUCAACUCUCAGCCUCCUCCUCUAAACUUGUAAAGGCUCUGAAUGAUGCAAGCAUGGUGGCAAGUGUGCAUCAGAGAGGGGAAUGGAAGGCUGCCCAGAAGUGGCCAAGUCCAUGGACCAUAGCUUCGGGGAUUCUCCUGGGAGUAUCCUUCUUUCAAUACCUGUAUCAUCCUCUUAAAUGGGUGGCCCUAGGCUCUGUUGGUGUUGGCAUACCUCCCUUGGUCCUUCGAAGCAUAGCAGCGAUGAAAAGCUUCAUCCUUGAUAUCAAUAUUCUAAUGCUCAUUGCAGUGGGAGGUGCGAUUGGUUUGGGUGACUACUUGGAGGCUGGAUCUAUUGCAUUUCUGUUCACACUGGCUGAUUGGCUUGAGUCUAGGUCAAGUGAUAAGGCUCGUGCUGCAAUAGCUGCUGUAGUAGACCUGGCUCCUCGAAGUGCAACGCUUCUUAGCAGUGGAAUGGGUGUGCGCGUUGAGGAGGUGAAAGUUGGAACGUUACUAACUGUUAAGGCUGGAGAACUGGUCCCAAUUGAUGGAACUGUGACAUCCGGAAAAUGUAACGUUGAUGAAAGUAGUUUGACAGGAGAAUCUUUGCCGGUGGAAAAAGACGUAGGUUCAAUUGUAUGGGCAGGAACUGUGAAUAUGUCAGGGCACAUGACGGUGAAAACCACUGCUUUGGCUGAAGAUUCAGCAGUCUCUCGAAUGGUCCGCCUUGUUGAGGAAGCACAAACUCAACGAUCUCGUACGGAAUUGCUAGUGGAACAAAUCGCAAAAUACUACACUCCAGGAAUCGUAUUAGCAGCCAUAAUCAUAGCCGUGGUGCCGUGGGCACUUCACGUUCAUUCACAACGACAUUGGCUUUACCUUGCUCUAGUCCUUCUUGUCGUGGCAUGCCCUUGUGCACUAGUUAUAUCUACACCUGUGGUCACGACAUGCGGCAUAGCACAAGCGGCAAGGCUUGGUUUACUUUUGAAAGGUGGUAGCCAUCUAGAAAUUCUUGGAAAGCUGAAAGUGGUCGCGUUAGACAAGACUGGGACAUUAUCUGAGGGCCACUUCCGAGUCACUGAUAUCGUGGGGUUAGACGGUGGUUCAAAUAUCCACCAAAUCUUACACUGGAUUGCCUCAGUAGAGAACAAAGCAAGUCAUCCAAUGGCAACAGCCUUGGUGAGUUUCGCAAACCAGAAUGGUGUGAAGCCUUCAGAACAUGUGACAGACUUCGAGGUCAUUGUUGGCGAGGGUGUCAAAGCUAAUGUGAACGGCCGCAUCAUUCACAUUGGCAAUGCUCGCAUGGCAAACCGCCUAGGAUGGGACAAAGCGGUUGCCAAAGAAAUGAUACACUUAUGGAGCAGUCAAGGUGCGACGGUUGGCUGGAUCGGAGUAGAUAAUAUGGCUGUGGGUGUCUAUGGUGUUGCUGACCAGCUUCGGACGGAAGCUGUUGAAGCUGUCCGCAAUCUGAAGAAACUCGGAAUCAAGGUCGCCAUGCUGACUGGUGACAGUGCGUCUGCAGCCUCUUUUGCGCACAAAAAAAUAGGGGAAAUUGAGAUACAUGCACAAUUACUCCCAGAAGACAAGGUUCACAUGAUUCAAGAGCUCAAAAAGUAUGGAACAACAGCAAUGGUGGGAGAUGGUAUAAACGACGCUCCUGCCCUAGCCGCUGCGGACGUUGGAAUUGCAAUGGGAGUUGCGGGGUCUGCUGUGGCGAUGGAAACCGCCGACGUUGCUCUCAUGACUAAUGACCUUCGCAAGUUGGCCAUUGCUGUGGAGCUGGGGCGAAACUGCCGAUGGAAGAUAGGUCAGAAUGUGACCCUCUCCUUUGUGACCAAGAUUGUCAUAAUUGGGUUGGCUGCCAGUGGGUAUGCGUCUCUAUGGACGGCAGUGAUGGCCGAUGUAGGUACUUGUCUCCUUGUCAUCUUCAAUUCCAUGCGGCUCCUUCGACCCAAUUCAUGCAGUGAUCAUUGUUGUACAACAAAGGAAAAGCAGAAAGCCGCCCAGUGCGCAACCCAACACCUGUCAAUUCAGGGCAAAGCUGACAACUGUUGUAGCAAGUCUGUAGUGAACAAGAUGCUUCCGGAUGACCGGGUGAUAAACCUAUGUGAUGAUACAUUAUGCAGCGAUCCACUCACACAAGCUCCCAGGAGCAUAUUCCCUUGGUUGAAAAAACAUCAUGGGCAUCAUCGCAGUGACCACCUCCAUGAGGUUGAUAAAUCGAUUGAGAAUGAAAAGCUAAGUAUUAUCGGCAAGCAAUUAACUUUGGACUGUACGAGUUCCGCUUCUUGUUGCUCCAGCUCGUCUUGUCACGAGUCAGAAAGUGGAGCACAGAAUGGAAAGGAAAAGUCGCACUUAAACAGCCUCACCGAAAGAGUGGGGAGAGAAGAACAUCAUAAAGGAGAAGAUGAGUGUGCUGGAUCAAAGAGCAUUUUUGUGGACAAAAAGCUAACGAUGCCAAAGCAGGAAAAUUCUUCACAGUCUGUUAAUAGAUUUUCCAAUGAGGAACUUUUGAUUAAGAUAGACGAAGUAUCAAAAGGCGAAAGGAAAUUUCGGGACAAGUGCAACUAUGACCUACCUUCGAUCGACUCAUCUCAUUCCCAUGAAGAUAUGCAGCAUGAGCAUUUACCAAUUCAAGAAACUCAAUUUGAACAACAAUUGCGCAAAACAGAGCAUCCUGCUUUAGCUGAAGACCAGCGGGAUAGCUCUGCAUGCAAAAAACUUUUUCAUGAGACUUCUUGGGUAGGUAUUUGUUCUAAGAAUCUCAGCAUCGAGACUCCACAGAAACAGCAAGAGGAGACUCAUGACCCAACCAGUGAAGUUACCAGCCCCUGUGGUUUGGCCGUGUUUUCUUCCCUUGAUAUAUUUGCAGGGAAGGCACAAAUAGAUGGACUAAUCUUGGAGUCUAAUCUAUGUGCUAAAGCAUAUAAUGGGCCUAAGGUGCAUUCUAGUCGACCGAACAGUGCACGAAAGAACGUCCAUGAUUCCCUGAAGAAAACUAAUUCAGCAAUGGUAGUCCCAACACCUUUCCCAGCAUCAAAAGACAUCACAAAGGAAACCAAUGCAGGCAAUGAUUAUUCGGAAAUGCUAGUUUGUCUGGAGGCAUUUAAGAUUCCCAUCCAGACCGACAUUGAGACGAACUACAGAGCAUGUGACCCUACUGAUACAAGCAACAACAAACUAUCAGCUGUGUUCAAGCCAAGUCAUGAAGCAAGCAAUGGUGUUCAGUCAUUGAUGCCUGAGAGUAGUCCAAGCAAAACAGGAAGUGUUCUUCGAAUCCGGGUAUCAGACCAGUCUGAGAGAGUCUCAGUUACUGAAGGGAAGCUGCUAAAUAAAAAUUCAAGACUUCCAGUAUUGAAGCACUCAGUGAGCGACAGAACUUUGUCCACAAUUGACACAGUCGGGCAUCCUCACUCUCUUGAUAAACCCGAUCCAUAACGUGUAGAGGUAUUAAUGGUGAUUUGGAAAUAAGUGACAAAAAAUUUCGAAAUGGUUCAUGCCAACCAAAUGAAUGCAAUUUUUUAUCUUAAGCUGAAGUGGAGGUGAGUCAAAAUAAUGUUGGCAAUAAAUCCGAGCGGCUCGCUGGUUUCGUGUCGAGUUCAUUCUAGAUGCAACGGUAGUAGAGUAUAAUUUGCAGGAGGUGAAGGUCUAAUGAUGGAUGGUACAAUUUCACUAUAAAAUUGCUAACAAGUUUUGUCCUCGUAUUCUAUUCAAUAAGAUGGGGUUCAACCUUACGGCGUAUGUUUGAGUCACGUAUGGAUUUUACAAUAAUUAGGUUGAUCGCUUCCCAUAUUCAUGCAUCAGGCAGGUGAGACACCAUGAGCCUGUAUAGCACCUCCACAGUUCUCCCAAGAUGAGUAAAAGGAAUUAGAAGAAAUUUCCCAUGAUGGAAGAGCGCAGGUCCAAUCUCUUGAUGGUAAAUUGUAGUUUGCAGUGUUGACAACUCAAAAAGUCAUGACCUGGUUCAUUGUAUUCUGUGAUGCAUGAGAAAUUCAACUGCGGUCCACUUUA